CCCAGUGUAGUAUGGGCAAGUUCCUCAAUACAUGUCCCUUAGAAGUGCUUUGGGUCUAGAACUAUUUAUUUAUAAUUUGAGAGUCCCUUCCUGUACAUUUGUGGAAUAUAUUUUUUGUACAAUUUGUUCUCUGGGAAACAUGAGCUAUUUAAUCUCGUUAGCUGAAUGACUGUGUAUCUGCUUCAGUUUCCCAGCCAUUAUAUUAUCCUGGGCUCUUCCCUUUCUAUUUUUCUAUUUCCCACAACUAACUACAAUACAGUCUCUUGGGCUGGAUGGGCUUGACCAGUUUGUGAGGGUGCCCUGCCCCCGGCCCCCUCGUGGUGCCUGGUGAUGGUGCCAGCAGGAUGCCGUGGUUGCCAUUGAAGAAGAUUCGUAGGCAAUUCAAGCUGCUGCUGCUGCUGGUGCUACUCACCUCUGCUCUCUGGGUCACUUACCUGCACAUCAGCCUCACCAGACAGGGCAAAUUACUCCGGCUGCCCUUUGGUUAUAGCAGAGAUGGAGAGCGAGUGGAGGGGACAGACACCGCACAAAGACAAGGACGCGCUCAGGCACCCCUCCAUUUUCAGGUGGGAGAUUCCAGUGAAGAGCUCCCAACGCUUGAUGCGUUUGGCUGGAGGAGAGGCCACUUGUGGGACCCUAGCAAGCAGGAGAUGAACCUUACAGAUGUGCCGGUUCCUUGGGAGGAAAAGUUCAAAGGCAAAGUGAAUCUCCAUGUGUUUGAAGACUGGUGUGGUGGAUCAUUGCAGCAUUUGAAGAAUAACUUGCAUUUCCCGCUGUACCCUCAUACUCGCACCACCGUCGCCAAGCUUGCUGUUUCACCCAAGUGGAAGAACUAUGGGCUACGGCUGUUUGGGUACAUCCAUCCCUACAAGGAUGGAGAUUACCAGUUUGCUGUGGCAUCUGAGGACAACUCUGAAUUUUGGCUUAGCACAGAGGAAAGCCCAGCCAGCGCCACGUUACUGGCGUACGUAGGGAAGGUUGGCUCAGAGUGGACGGCACCUGGGGAAUUCACUAAAUUCAGCUCCCAGAUGUCUAAAACCAUCAGGCUGCUCACCUCCAGACGGUACUACUUUGAGCUCCUUCACAAGCAGGACGAUCGUGGCUCUGACCAUGUGGAAGUAGCGUGGCGCUUAUCUCUUCCAGGAAUGAAGUUUGAAAUUAUAGACUCCCAGUACCUGUCCUUAUACACAGAUGAGACCUCUCUGAAGAUGAAUAAGGUGUCUCAUAUCCCUCGCACACUCUCCAGUCGCACCAGCCACCAGUGGGAUGGUGGCAGAGAGGAACCUGCCGCAGAUCUCCUGAGGCCUGACUCUCGGGACAACUUCUUCAUGACCCCACUGAUUGAAGAAUCCCGUGUAGACAAUGUGCUUGCUCCCUGUGCGUACAACCCCACGUACGUGGUGAAGGAUUUCCCUAUUGCCCGUUACCAGGGCCUGCAGUUUGUUUAUUUAACUUUUGUUUACCCAAAUGACUAUACACGUCUUACCCAUAUGGAAACUGAAAACAAGUGUUUUUACAGAGAAUCUCCCCUUUACUUAGAGAAGUUUGGGUUUUACAAAUAUAUGAAGAUGGAUGAUGAGGAGUCUCCCCACAUGCCAUUCCUUUUUUUUAAUCGUCAAAAUUUCAUGGAUGAAGAUGAGGAAGUGACUUUGCACCUUGAGACUUCUGAGAGAAAAAAAAUUAGGGAAGACCAGACAAGUGAUCCAUUAUCCCCCAGUAUAGACGGUUUAGAGGAGGUCAUAAUACAACCCAGCGACUCAUUAGGACCUAUUAUUCCUAUAAAUGGCAGCAUAGACACUUUAGUACACCAUCGGAAUCUUUUGUGGGCUCGCAGGGAUCCACCCUUAUCUCUUCGUGGACAAAGGAAAUUGUCUGUUCCUUUAAAAAAGGGCCUGCGUAAAGCAGAGACAGAACCGACAGUCGAACUGCCUAAAACCAGAGCAAGUAGAAGAGGAGAACUCAAAGGUCAAACAAGGCCAGAAAAGGGAGAGAGCAAACUGAGGGACAAGCAAAAGUCUGAGAUAAGAAUGAGGAGUAGUAAAUCAGAGGUCCAAAAAACAGCUGGAAUUGUGGAAGGUAAAUUGACCUAUGCAAAAUCUGUGGUCCUAGAAAAAAUGGAUAUAACCGAGACACUGCCUAGUGAAGCAGGUCCAUUGGAUAUUGUUACAAAAGAGGAAGGGCAAAAACAGAACUCUAAAGACAAGUCAGGAAAAACAAACAAAAAAGAGCCUGACAAGGUGUAUGUGACUCGUCUACUCUCAGGAGUUAAAAGGUCUAGAGGUAAAACUUUUCCAAGAAUUUUGCUGUCUCCUCCAAAAGUCCGUCGACCCUAUAAUAAUCGUGACUACCCCCGUGCUCCUCCACCUCCUAAAUCUCCCCGUGGGAGCAUAAGGUCUAAACCUUGGAGUCCAUCAGAUACCUCAGAACUGGGAUUUUUCAGCUGGGAUGGGCAGACUGAGGGCCCAGAAACACUUCUCCCUACCUCAUCUAAUCUCCCUGGAGCUCCUCCAUCAUUCAGUUUGUCCUCAGAGGCCCCUGCAGAAGAAUUACAAGAUUACAGCUAUGAAGAUGCAGAGCCACGGCAGCGCUGGCCAGAAGAUGCCAUCAACUGGCAGCGCACGUUCAGUGUUGGCACUGUAGACUUUGAAAUGUUGAGGUCAGACUGGAACGACCUUCGUUGCAAUGUGAGUGGGAAUCUCCAGCUCUCAGAGGCAGAGACUGUGGAUAUAGUGGCUCAGUAUAUGGAGAAGCUGAAUGAGAAGAAUGGAGGCAUAUACUCCUUGCGAAGUAUAAUCAAUGUUGAAAAGCGCAGAGACUCUGCUAGAGGAAACCGAUACCUCAUUGAACUAGAGCUGGAGGAGAGAGGCCGCAGGAAGGUGAGACUUGCAGAAUAUGUGUAUCUUCUGCUGCACCGAGGCACCGGGGGUGAUAGUGAUGAAAGUCCUCCUGCUGAGACCCCAGAAGUCACUCCAACUCCCCAACUCCCAAUUUACAGCAAGCCCAUCUUGUGCCGGCCAGUCAGUCUGCGCUGGAAACCUCAAGCCACAGUGCACUUUGUAGUACCAGUAAAGAACCAAGCUCGCUGGGUCCAGCAGCUGAUCUCUGACCUGGAGUUUUUGUACUUGCAAACUAAAGAUGACCAGUUCAGUCUAAUUUUAGUAGAUUACGAUAGCGAGGAUAUGGAUGUGGAGCUGGCUCUGCGGCGUGCAAAUUUACCAAGUUAUCAGUAUCUGAAGAGAAGUGGGAAUUUUGAGCGCUCGGCCGGGCUUCAGGCGGGAGUAGACACUAUACAGGAUAAUCACAGCAUUGUUUUCCUGUGCGACCUGCACAUACACUUCCCUCUCUCUGUAUUAGACAGCGUGCGGAAGCAUUGUGUAGAAGGACGUCUGGCCUUUGCUCCUAUCGUUAUGAGGCUGAAUUGUGGAAGUUCACCCUUUCAUCCCCGCGGGUACUGGGAGGUGAAUGGCUUUGGUCUUUUUGGGAUUUACAAGUCUGAUUUUGAUCGGAUUGGAGGGAUGAACACUGAGGAAUUUAAAGACCGCUGGGGAGGAGAAGACUGGGAGUUACUUGACCGGGUGUUACAGAGUGGGCUGGAAGUGGAGCGCCUCCGCCUGAGGAACUUCUUUCACUAUUAUCACUCUAAGCGAGGCAUGUGGAACACGCAGAGCCAGGAAAAUGCUGCUAAGGACUGAGGAGGAACAGAUACUGGCUCUGUGAAUUUCAAAUUUUGGACCCUUCUCUAAAAUUAUUUUUUUUUCUUUUUGACGGAGUGUCUGUCUUGUGGAUUAACUACGUCUUUACCAGAGGAUCCUGUAGACUGAAUAUCUAUCUGCAUAUUUCACACUGUGCAAGGAAGCAUAAUACAGGCUGGUCCGGUGGGAAUCUGAGAAGGCUGCGAUACUCUGCAGGAGAUCAUUAAUAGUCGCAGUUCACAUUGUACAGAAAGGGAACUGUAUAUUAGAGAAUUGUAAGACAAAGCUCUACCUUUUAGCAAGAUGGUGCUGUUGUGUUUUGGAAUUAGGGAAUCCUGGAUAAUUCUUUCAUAUUAACAGGAAAUACACAAAUUCACUAUACUUUAUUGACAUUAUAGGAACACGACUUGCCUUACUCAAAAGGUUUUAUAAACUGGAUGAUACUUGCAUUUGGUUCCUACCCUCACACCCACUACAGUCACUUGAAUAUGGAUGAAUUCUGUGUGGUAGCCACUAGGUGUCACUGUUUUAACAGCCACAUUUAAAGGGACCCGGUAAUGUUAAAUGAUUAUUUAUGCACAAUUUUUCUAGCUAUCUGUGUUUAGCCCGCUGCUUUGGAGUAAAACACAAAGCUAAAGUCAUGCUUGGAUGCUGCAACACAAUUCAGCUGCUUUUUAGGUGGGCAAUAGUUAUGGCUCCAGAGCAGGACUUUACCCCCCCAAGAGGGUGAACACACAGAUACAUAUUUAGCAAGGGAUUUUAGGGCAAAAAUAAACUGCUCUAACUAAUUAGGGCAUUUUUGUAUUACUAUCACACUGCAUAGCAUGCUGUUUAUCAGAUGUGAGAUCUUUCCUUGAUGUGCUGCGCCUCAUCUGCUAUGAAGACUGGGCACUAGAUAGUGAUAAAAGCUUAUACUCACAAGUGAGUGGAAUUGUGUAUAGAGGAGAUUUCUCUCACUAUGGUAACUCCAGCUCCUUGCUGUUGUGUGAUACUUCUAUAAACUCACUCUGACUGACUGUGCAGCUAUCGCACAGGGAUUGUACGAGGUGCACAUAAUUCCACAGUAUCAUGCAUUGCUGUGCUAUCUCUCUGUUAUGUGUCAUGUGACCACUAGGUGUCACUGCUUAACCAUAGGAUUAUAUCCGUGGUUAUGUGCAACAAUCGGCUAAUUAAAUCAGCACUCAAUAAGGCCAUAGAAAUGUAUUUAACUGGCUCAUUAAUGAUGUUUAGCAGGAACAGACUAGUACAUCAUUUAACAAUCUGCCAAGCUAAUGCUAAUAAGCUGUGCCCUGCCCAUAGGAGAUAUUCUGUGUAUUUAAGUGAGCUGUAAGUUGUGGAGAUGUAUAGACAGAAGAUCUAUAGUGUUUCUUCCCAGAUAAGCUCAUUCUUUUGUAAAAGGGACGUUAAACACUAAAUAUAUUUCAUGCACCCCCCUCUAAUUCUAGUUUUACUGCAGGUAUCUAAGUGGUUUAGGGCCUUGGUCAUGUGCUGCAGUGUGUUGCAGGAUUUUACCUAUGUAUUUAACCGCUUUGCUGGUAUAUUACUAUAAUAGUUAGCUGGGUUUGUUAGUGUGAAAUGUACUAGCUUUUACAAAUUACAGCAUUUUUUUUUAAUAUAGAAUAUCCCUAUAAUGUUGGUUACGUUUUUCUACGGAUUAUUCCCAGGGAAACUUUUUACCCAGAGGCCUCUUCACAAAUUAAGUAAAUUUAUAGGAAUCCACAUAAACACACACGCACACCCAUAGGAAAUGCAUAUCACUUCUCUAUCUCCUGCACAGAAUCUGGCCAGGCUCAGUAUUUACAAUGAUUUCUGUGAAAUUAAAAUGUAGCAAGAGGUUUUUAGAAGUUUUAAAUAUUUUUUUUCUUUUUAAACUAAAAUAAACUGUUUUCAUUUUUG